GUAAAAAUCUCCAAAUCCAAGAUGGCGGCCCAAUACUUUUCUUUAAACUCGAGUUUUCCUCAGCCUUUGUGGUCCAAUGGCCCCUCACCUGGCGGGUAUUACAACUUCCCUGGAGGAAAGAGUCAAGCAGAAUCCGGUCCUUUGAAAAAAACGCUUCAUCCAACCACUCAAGGAACAUCAGUCCUGGGAAUCAAAUUUGAUGGAGGAGUUUUGAUGGCUGCAGACACACUAGGUUCGUAUGGUUCUUUGGCAAGGUAUAGAUCAAUAUCUCGUAUCAUGAAAGUCAAUGGCAAUACCCUCCUUGGAGCCUCAGGAGAUUAUGCUGACUUCCAGUAUAUUAAAGCCAUACUUGAACAAAAAAUUAUUGACGAUGCUUGUUUGGAUGAUGGUCAUGGAUACACACCGCAGUCUAUUUUCUCCUGGAUAACGAGAGUCAUGUACCAUAGACGUACUAAAUUUGAUCCUCUGUGGAACCAAGUAGUUGUUGGUGGAUUUUACAAAGGAGAAAGUUUUCUAGGCUACGUAGACAAGAUUGGAAUCGCAUUUGAGGCUCCAACCAUUGCUAGUGGUUUUGGUGCUUACCUCGCACAACCUCUUCUACGUGAUGCAUUUGAGAAGAACCCUAAUAUGUCCCUGGAACAAGCCAAGCAUGUGAUUAUUGAAUGUCUAAAAGUACUGUUCUACAGGGAUGCAAGAUCGCUCAAUAAGUUUGAGCUGGCCAUAGCAACCAAAGAUGGUACAGUAAUCGAACCAGUACAAUCCGCAGACACAAACUGGAGCAUUGCAAAAAUGGUCAAGGGUUAUGAGUAGUACGGCUUCCAACAUAACACCAAGCUUCUCGUUUCUUCAUUUUUCUGUGUCUUUGUAAAGCAAUACCAUAUAUGUACCAAUAAAUGGAUUAAAUUAA